UUCCGGUUCUUUUUUCGGGACUUCCAGUGUGAAUCGAGAAUCCUCGGAAAGCGAACCGAAAUCAUAUCAGAAGAAAUGUCAAACGGUGACAAAGACGCGUGAAAGACUAUUAAAAGUAAAAAAAAAAAUAAAGAAAAGAUCCUGAAUGGAAAUUCCAGGUCAUAAGUUUAUCCGUAUUAGGUAAUGAUCGUUAUUAUUUAUUACACGUGUCUAUAUGUAUUAUUGUAUGUGUGCCAUAUUAGAUACUGUGUGAGAGGUACUCGAAAAAGAGGCAGGAGGAAUAGUGAAAAGUGAGAUAACGGCUGAUAAGGGAAUCGGCCCUCAACGUCGUCAACGCAUGUUGCAGCUGCAACUGCAACUGCUGCACUUCCGCGUGCAGACGACGUACGAGGACCAGGAUCCCGAGGUGGAUGUCGUCACGAUACGUGACGAGGAGAGGAACAAUUUCACUCUGCUGACUUGAAGAGUCGGCGAUCCGGCGAUCAUGAUACCCAGAAACGUGAAAAAGGCAUUGCGCGACAAGGAGAUGAGAGAUUACUUCAUGAGCACCCACUUCUGGGGCCCAGUUUUUAACUGGAUGAUCCCGAUCGCCGCGAUCGCUGACACCCAGAAACACCCGAAAUUCAUCAGUGGGAAAAUGACUUUGGCACUGACGUUGUACUCUCUGGUGUUCAUGAGGUUCGCGAUAAAAGUUAACCCAAGGAAUCUUCUGCUUUUCGCGUGCCACGUGGUUAACGUUGGUGCCCAGACAACGCAAGGAUGCAGAUACAUCAUAUAUCGGUAUACCCUCCGACCCGAGGAAACUGGAGAAACAACGGAAAAAUAAAAAAUGAGUCCCUCGUGGA